CUGUUCAAAGGACACAUAGAGUAUUACGUAUUAGCGUCCCGCUUCGGCGCAUACAGCAGGCCAAUCCCGUGCCAGACAGGGCCCUGCAGCCCGCCCGAUCCAGACUGCAAGCUGCAGCCAAUGGGGGGCGCAGCCCAUGCCGCCAUCUCUCGAAAACAGACAAACCAGACAAAACAGACAAUGCCUGUGGGGACCUGCUGUUUUGGGUGUCACUGCAUGACCUGCUGCCCACACUCUAUUCACUCCACCCUCAUGUCUACUGCUGCCAAGUCUCUCUUUUGGGCCAUAGCUUCAUGCACCUCCCAAACACAUCGCUGCGACCUGCCCCACUGUGCGCCUGCCUAUUGGCCGGCCGCUGUGCCUGUGAAGUGGCCACUGCCGUCGGAUUCGUCUUCCUCGUCCCUAUUUCCACGCAACAUACUGUCCGCCGUGCAUGAACGAAUAUUGGCUGCCAUUGUUGCUAUCCAAGUCGUCAGUGUCAAUAACAAUAACAACACAACACUAGAGAUCGUUGCCGCGAUCGUCCAGUGUGCCGGUGUUGCACAUGCACAGCAGAUCCCCCUAGAUAGUCGACACCGUGGCCAAUUCAUCGACUUGUUGCAUCAUACCAUUCUCGCCAACCUGAUAAUUGAGGAUAAGCAUCCGCAAUAAUCAGACCAUGGGCAUCGAACAGCCUAGGUUGGGGGCAACCACGGCCAGGGAGAACCUUCUGGGCGAGGCAGCGGAUCUGGAAGCUUCGAACAGGGAGGCGUGCGUGCGUGCUCGGGGCUGCCCAGUAUGCGUAGCGCCGGUCCCUCGGGCAUGCCGCCCUGAAAUUGUGAAUGCGAAUGCGAAUGCUGAUGCCUCUGGUGGGGACCAUUCUGUCAUACGUCGCGUAGUUAUGCAGUGCACGAGGAUAGCAUCUAAACGGCACGCACCUGCAGCGCCUACCAACA